AAUCAGCAAAGCAGAACAAGGCCUUCCAUUUUUAGCUUUGCCACCUCUCCCUAUCUUUCUCUCUCCUCUUCCUGAGGAGAGAAGAAAAGGAGAGACACACUCUCUCCUUCCCCGUAAUUCUGUCUCUUUUGUCGCUCCGAGAAAAGCUCCCGGAUUCUCUCUCUAGCUUCUCUCUUAGGGUUUUCCGGUUCCGCCAUUGCCGAGCUUCUUCGUUAAUCCUCAUUCUCGCAUUCUUUCUGCGGGCGCUGCGCCGAGAUCCGUGGCCGUUCGAAUUCUCGCAUUCUCUCACUUUGGUUUAGGGCUUUUAUCGCGAGAAAAUUUGUAUAGAGAUUAAGCUAACAGAUAUUCAGAUAUACGACUAUCAAAUGGUAUGCCCACUUGGAAAUGGGAGGAUGGCGGCGAUGGCAAGGCUUUUGGCAUCAGGGAGUUUCUCACAAAGUAUAGUAGCCGAGGAAGUUGGCCAUCAGAAAUUAGCUGCUCAAUUGAUAUUCAGGGAAUUAAGCGAGGCAGAUGAACCAAAUUUGCUUGAUGAAGAAGAUAUGCAUGUCUUCGGUGUAAAGCCUAUGGCUGAUCCUUUGCAUUUGGUUUGCUGCAAUACUUGUAAGAAACCAGUCAAGACUAGUCAAUACGCAGCUCAUGCAGAACUUUGUACGAUCUUAAAGUCUAAAGGCGAACUCAUACUGGGCAUUGAUGGCGAUGUGAGGCAACGGAAACCUAUGAGGAAGGAGAGGAAAAAGUCACUAUCUGUUUAUGUUAACCAGGCUAUGUCGAUUGAGGAGUUCCAGAGGUCUGAAUCGGUAAAUGCGGAUGAUACUGCUAUUGCCGAAUCCCAAUUGGAUAGGAAGAUUGGUAUAAACUCUUCCUGUCUUAUGGAGGCAAAAAGGAAUUCUUCUUAUGUAGAUGUAAAAAGUUUGAUGGAUGGCUCAGGAGUUGGUCUUGGAAAUAUUGACAACUUAGCCAGUGUGAUGCCUCGACCGACAAAACGCACUAAAUUGAUAGCAGGUCAGACAUCUCCAAAAGCAUCCAUUUCUGAGAGUGAAAUUCCUAAUGAUAGUGGUGCUGGAUUUAAGAAGCAUGAGCAAGUCCUUGGAUGCUGCGUCCCAAUACAAGAUGUUCCGCUUCCGCUUGCUACCAAAAUUUAUUACUCUCAAAGAAACAAUCGUCUUCGGUCUGCACUUUGUCAUCUUUAUUAUGAGGCAGAGGCAACAACUAAGGAGUUCUGCAGUGACAGUGUGAAAACGAAGUUAUCAAAUGAAAACAUGUACCCAACACAGGUGUCAUCACAGGACAUGUUACCCACACAAAUGAACAACGCAGUUAACAACGAGAGGGACUCACUUUCUCUGCCUUCUGUGCAAAAUCCUGAUCAAAUUCUUGCACAAAGUUCAGAAGUGUGCUUGGGUACAUCUGGAGUUUGCUUGCCUCCUAGUGACUUCUCAAAGCAAUUUCCUGUUGAUAAUGUCCAAAGGCUGCAGGUCGCUCCUGUUGGUUUAGCAAGGAACACAUACCUUUCCAAACCUUUCUCAUUUGCGACCAGUUCAGGACAACCGCUUGGUGCAGCUCAGCAGCAAAAUGGUAGUGUUUCUGUUCUAUAAGAGCUUAGGUGGGAUUUUUUGUUUUGAUGGAGGAAGAUGUAAUUAACCCAAUACGUGAGGUUAGGUCUUAGGAUCCCUUUUUGAUAUUGACCAAGGUCCAAGUAAUUCGUUCAAUUUGUUCAUUCCGCCCGUCUUCGCUAUAGCUGAGUACCGGCCUCUGUUUAUAGUCCUUCAAUGAAGGAAGAAUCUUUCGAUUGCUGAGCCUGAGGGUAAAAUUGUAGUUUGAAUAGUUGUAUAUCUGACUUCUGUACAUAUAUAAAU